AUGGAGCUAGCUUGGAAUUCGGUUUUUAUUGUCCUUCUAAGUUCUUCAUGCUGGGGAUUGGACUGGAACUCCUACAGAAAUUUCAUCUCAGUUGCUGGCCCUCUAACCAAUGACUUACUGCAGAACCUGAGUGGUCCACUGGAAAAACAGUUCUCUAACUUGGCAGCAAGGAGUGAAGACUAUGUUUGUCAACAGCCACUGCCUGCUUUUCUGCCAGAAUAUUUUAGCAGUGUUCAUUUGAGUAAUAUUACUCAUUAUAAAGUAUUUCUGCCAUGGGCACAACUUCUCCCAGCAGGAAACUCCAAGCACCCAGAUAAGCAAAUGGUACAGUGUUACCGGCUUCUCUUUGAGGCACUCAAGAAAGCGAGACUUCAGCCCCUGGUCAUCCUGCACCACCGGACUCUCCCUGCCAUCACUGGGAGAGAGAAGGGCCAGAGAAAGAAAAUCUUCGUUGACCUCUUUAGUGACUAUGCAACAUUUGCCUUCAACUCCUUUGGGGAUCUCGUUGAUAUUUGGUUCACUUUUAGUGACUUGGAGGAGGUGAUAAAGGAGCUUCCUCACCAGGAAUCAAGAGUUUCACGUCUCCAAACCAUCACUGAUGCCCAUAGGAAAGUUUAUGAGAUUUACCAUGAAAAAUAUGCUUCUUGGGGUGGAAAACUGUCUGUGGUCCUACAUGUUGAAGCUGUCUCAGAGUUCCUGCUAGAACCGUCCACGUCUGCACUUGCCAAGGAUGCAGUCGAUUUCCUCUCUCUUGAUUUAUCAUAUGAAUGCCGAAGUGAGGCAAGUUUAUCAGAGAAGCUGAGCCAAUUGCAGACUGUUGAACCGAAAGUGAAAAUUUUCAUCUUUAAUCUCAAAGUGCAGGACUGCCCCUUCACCAGAAAAAAGCCAGCCAGGUUGCUUGUCAGCCUUCUUAAAGCAACAGAUAAAAACCAAAUGCUCAUCAUUGGCUCUGAUAUCAGUACAUUCUUGAGCUGUUCAUCAAGUUUGAAAAAAAGCAGGUCUUGUUCUCUGACUGAUGACCUGACCCUUCAGACUGGCCAGUGGCAGGACCCUGAGACCACAGCAGACUCCUCUCAGAUGAGCUCGGCCUAUCAGAGAGUCUGGGAAACAUUUGCAAACCAGUCUAGGGAAGAAAGAGAUUUUUUCCUGCUUGAUGUUUUUCCUGAAGGCUUUCUCUGGGGUGCCUCCACAGGAGCCUUCAAUGUGGAAGGAGGCUCGGCCGAGGAUGGAAGAGGGGCAAGUGUCUGGGACCAAUUUGGGUACCAGAAUGUCACCAAAGGCCAAGCAACCCCUGAGGUAGCCAGCAACAGUUACUACAAGGUGGAUUCUGAUGUCUCCCUGCUUCGCGGCCUCCAGGCUCAGGUCUACAAGUUCUCUAUCUCCUGGUCCCGCAUCUUCCCUAGUGGGCAUGGGCACAGCCCCAGCCUCCAAGGUGUGGCCUACUACAACAAGCUGAUCAACAGUCUGCUAGCCUCGAACAUUCAGCCUAUGGCCACACUGUUCCAUUGGGAUCUGCCUCAGGCCCUGCAGGAUCAUGGUGGUUGGCAGAAUGAAAGUGUGGUGGAUGCCUUCCUGGACUAUGCCAGCUUCUGCUUCUCUACUUUUGGGGACCGUGUCAAGCUGUGGGUCACCUUUCACGAGCCGUGGGUGAUGAGCUACGCAGGCUACGGCACUGGCCAACACCCACCAGGCAUCUCGGACCCAGGAGUGGCCUCUUUUAAGGUGACUCACUUGGUCCUCAAGGCCCAUGCCAAAGCUUGGCACCAUUACAACAGCCACCAUCGCCCACAGCAGCAGGGACGUGUGGGCAUUGUGUUGAACUCAGAUUGGGCAGAACCCUUGUCUCCAGAGAGGCCCGAGGACCUGAGAGCCUCUGAGCGUUUCUUGCACUUUAUGCUGGGUUGGUUUGCACACCCUAUCUUUGUGAAUGGAGACUACCCAGAUCCCCUGAAGGCCCAAAUCCAACAGCUCAACAAACAGUGCUCGAGUCCUGUGGCCCAGCUUCCUGAGUUCACCGAGGCAGAGAAGCAGCUCCUGAAAGGCUCUGCCGAUUUUCUGGGUCUGUCCCAUUAUACUUCCCGCCUCAUCAGCAAGGCCCCUCAAGAUACCUGCAACUCCAACUAUGAUACCAUUGGAGGCUUCUCCCAACAUAUGGACCCUGAAUGGCAUCAAACCUCAUCCCCUUGGAUUCGUGUUGUGCCCUGGGGUAUAAGGAGGCUUUUGCAAUUUGUAUCCUUGGAGUAUACAAGAGGAAAAGUUCCCAUCUACUUGGCUGGGAAUGGUAUGCCCACAGGGGAGAGUGAAGAUCUCUUUGAUGACUCCUUCCGAGUAAACUACCUCAAUCAGUACAUCAAUGAAGUGCUCAAGGCUGUCAAGAAGGACUCAGUAGAUGUUCGAUCUUACAUUGCUCGUUCCCUCAUAGAUGGCUUUGAAGGGCCUUCUGGUUACAGCCAGAGAUUUGGGUUGCACUACGUCAACUUCAGUGACAGCGACAAGCCAAGGACUCCAAGGAAAUCUGCCUACUUUUUUACCAGCAUCAUUGAAAAGAAUGGUUUCCUCCCAAAGGUGGCAAAAAGGAUGCCUCUUCCUAGUAUAGCAAACUUACCCCCUAAAAUCAGAAGCUUUACUUUUCCAUCAGAGGUGCCCUCCAAGGCUAAAGUAGUUUGGGAAAAGUUCUCCAAGCAACCCAAAUUUGAAAGAGAUUUGUUCUAUCACGGCACAUUUCGGAAUGACUUUCUAUGGGGUGUGUCCUCAUCAGCCUACCAGAUUGAAGGAGGCUGGGAUGCUGAUGGCAAGGGCCCCAGCAUCUGGGACACCUUCACCCACUCUCCGGGGAAUACUGUGAAAGGCAAUGCUACUGGAGACGUAGCCUGUGACAGUUAUAACCAGCUGGAUGCUGACCUGAAUAUGCUUGACGCUUUGAAGGUAAAUGCCUAUCGCUUCUCUCUCUCCUGGUCUCGAAUUUUCCCUACUGGGAGAAACAAUUCUAUCAACAGACAUGGUGUUGAUUAUUACAACAGGCUGAUUAAUGGCUUGGUGGCUAGAAACAUCACUCCCAUGGUGACGCUGUUCCACUGGGACCUACCCCAGGCUCUCCAGGAUAUUGGAGGCUGGGAGAACUCUACUUUGAUUGAGUUGUUUAACAGCUAUGCAGACUUUUGCUUCCAGACAUUUGGUGACAGAGUCAAGUUCUGGAUGACCUUUAAUGAACCCACACAACAGGCCUGGUUAGGUUAUGGUACAGGAGUUUUCCCCCCAAAUGUGAAGGACCCAGGCUGGGCCCCUUAUAGGAUUGGCCAUGCUGUUAUCAAAGCUCACGCCAGGGUCUAUCACACCUACGACAAGCACUAUCGGCAGGAACAGAAGGGGGUCAUCUCACUGAGCCUUGGUGCAUUCUGGGCAGAACCCAAGUCACCGGAGAUCCCGAGAAAUGUGGAGGCUGCUGACCGAAUGCUGCAGUUCUCCCUGGGCUGGUUUGCCCACCCUAUUUUCCGAAAUGGAGACUAUCCUGAUGCCAUGAAGUGGAAAGUGGGGAACAGGAGUGAACUACAACACCUAGCCACCUCCCGUCUGCCAAGCUUCACCGAGGAAGAGAAGAGGUACAUUAGGUCUACGGCUGACGUUUUCUGCCUCAACACCUAUUCCUCCAAGAUCGUGCGAUACACAACACCCAAGCUCAACCCACCCUCCUACAGAGAUGACCAGGAGAUGAUAGAAGAAGAAGACCCGUCCUGGCCAACCACAGCGGUGAACAGAGCUGUGCCCUGGGGGAUGCGAAGGCUGCUCAACUGGAUCAAGGCGGAAUAUGGUGACAUUCCCAUUUACAUCACUGACAAUGGAGUGGGCCUAACAAAUCCACAAGUGAGAGACACCGAAAGGAUAUUCUACCAUAAAACCUACAUUAAUGAAGCUUUGAAAGCCUACAGACUUGAUGGUGUAGACCUUCGAGGGUAUUCUGCCUCGUCUCUGAUGGACAGCUUUGAGUGGCUAAAUGGAUACACAGUCAAGUUUGGGCUGUACCAUGUUGAUUUCAGUAAGGCGAACAGGCCUCGAACAGCUAGAGCCUCGACCAGGUACUACACAGAGCUCAUCACUAACAAUGGCAUGCCGCUGCCCAAGGAGGACGAGUUCAUCUACGGACAGUUUCCCAAGGGCUUCAUCUGGAGUGCGGCUUCUGCUGCCUAUCAGAUUGAAGGUGCAUGGAGAGAAGAUGGUAAAGGACUCAGUAUUUGGGAUACCUUUUCUCACACACCACUAAGGAUUGGGAAUGAUGACACGGGAGAUGUGGCCUGUGAUAGUUAUCACAAGAUCGCGGAGGAUGUGAUUGCCUUGCAGAACCUGGGUGUGUCCCACUAUCGCUUUUCUGUCUCCUGGCCUCGCAUCCUCCCAGAUGGCACCACCAAGUACAUCAAUGAAGCAGGCCUGGACUACUACGAGCGGCUCAUUGACGCACUGCUGGCUGCCAACAUCAAGCCCCAGGUGACCAUUUACCACUGGGACUUGCCCCAGGCACUCCAGGAUGUAGGAGGCUGGGAGAAUGAGACCAUUGUGCAGCUCUUUAAAGAAUAUGCAAAUGUGCUCUUCCAGAGGCUGGGGCACAAGGUGAAGUUUUGGAUCACACUCAAUGAGCCCUUUAAUACUGCUACCCAAGGCUAUGGUUAUGGUACAGCAGCUCCAGGGAUCUCCUUUCGACCCGGCACCGCCCCCUACAUUGUUGGCCACAACCUAAUAAAGGCCCAUGCUGAAGCCUGGCACCUGUACAAUGAUGUGUAUCGUGCCCAUCAAAAUGGCCUAAUUUCCAUCACCAUUAACAGCGACUGGGCUGAGCCCCGAGACCCCACCAACCAGGAGGAUGUGGAGGCAGCCAGAAGAUACGUGCAGUUUAUGGGAGGCUGGUUUGCACAUCCUAUUUUCAAGAAUGGUGAUUACAACGAGGUGAUGAAGACACGGAUUCGUGACAGGAGUUUGGCCGCAGGCCUCAACAAGUCUCGGCUCCCAGAGUUCACAGAGAGUGAAAAGAGGAGGAUCAAAGGCACCUAUGACUAUUUUGGAUUCAACCACUACACCACUGUUCUAGCCUACAACCUCAACCAUGCCUCUUGGAUCUCUUCUUUUGAUGCAGAUAGGGGAGUUGCUUCAAUCACAGAUCGCUCUUGGUCAGACUCUGGCUCCUUCUGGUUGAAGAUGACACCUUUUGGCUUCAGAAGGAUCCUGAACUGGCUGAAGGAGGAGUACAACAAUCCUCCAAUUUACAUAACAGAGAAUGGAGUGUCUCAACAACGGGGAGAAGAGGAUCUCAAUGACACUGCAAGGAUCUACUACCUCCGCAGUUACCUCAAUGAGGCACUCAAAGCUGUGCAGGACAAGGUGGACCUUCGAGGAUACACAGUUUGGAGUGUGAUGGACAACUUUGAGUGGGCCAUGGGCUAUGCAGAGAGGUUUGGUCUGCAUUUUGUGAACUACACUGACCCAUCUCUACCAAGGAUCCCCAAAGCAUCAGUCAAUUUCUAUGCUUCAGUAGCUCGGUGCAACGGAUUCCCUGAUCCUGCUACAGGACCACACCCUUGUCUCCAGCCAGAAGGUGAGUUACCCACUGUCAGUCCCCUGGGAGAAGAAGUUCACUUCCUGGGUCUAACGCUAGGUACGACAGAAGCCAAGACAGCUUUAUAUGUGCUCUUUUCUCUUCUAAUUCUUGGAGUCUGUGGUGUAGGAUUUCUGUCUUACAAGUACUAUAAGUCUUCAAAGAGAAAAAACACAACACUAACAUGA